AUGUCCGACUCGCUAGCCACCCAGCCACCCUCGACAAGCACAUACCUGCUAUCGUUUCCAACUCCUCACGUUCUCCUUGUAACCAUCAAUCGUGAGAAGUCACGAAACUCAAUUCCGUUCGCCGGACAUGCGGAAGGAGAUGCCCUCUUCACUUGGUUUGAUCAUGAGCCCUCGUUGCGUGUCGCCGUAAUCACUGGCACAGGAAAUAAAGCAUUUUGUGCCGGUGCAGACCUCAUGGAGAGGAAUACCCGGACCUCUUCUGUCGAUAGUAAAGGUACCCAACCACGGCAAACCUCUAUGCCAGCCAGUGGAUUCGCGGGAUUGUCCCGACGAAAGGGAAAGAAACCCAUUGUCGUGGCUGUUAACGGUCCUGCCUUGGGUGGCGGGUUCGAAAUCUGCCUAAAUUCGGACAUUGUGGUUGCUGCCCCGAGUGCCAGAUUCGGCCUACCGGAAGUGAACGUCGGACUCUAUGCUGGAGCCGGUGGUCUUUCCAGGAUUGCACGCAGUGCGGGACUGCAGGUUGCAUCAGAUGUGGCGUUGACUGGCCGCCAGCUUACUGCGGGGGAGGCGUUGCAGUGGGGGUUAGUUAGUCGCGUCGCGAAAUCACAGGAUUCUGUGGUCUCUGAAGCAGUAGAGGUGGCGAGUUUAAUUGCGAGCAAGUCUCCAGACGGCGUUUUUGUUAGUCGUGCAGGGAUCAGGCAGGCCUUUGAGACAGCGGAUAUGGAGCAAGCGAGUCAGAUAACUGCGGAGAAAUAUGAAAGGUUGCUACUGGAGGGGGAGAAUGUGAAGAUCGGCGUGAGGGCUUUUGCGGAGAAGAAGAUUCCUCAGUGGGUACCUUCUCGCCUCUAG